UAAGAGUCUGUGUGUGUGUGUUUACAGGAAAUAUCAUGUGAAGGACAUCAGCCUACACAUUCUCUGUCUUGGUCUUGCAACUUUGAGACCUUGGAUGUCAUGCAUCAUGUACAUUUCACAUCUUUGGAUAUUUUUUGGUGCUUUGGUGUCUUCAAAUGCUCAGAACCACGGGAAUAAAAGAUGCACAGAGGUCACCUUGAACGCUUCUCUGAAUUCUGAAGUCUUUCUCCCAUGUCACUUUAAUAUAAGCCAUUGCAAUGAAACCGAGGGAGUGAAUUGGAGCUCCUACUCUUCCAAUCUUGUAACGAUCAUGAUUAAUGGCAGAAUGUUCUUUGGCAGUCCUAGUGAAGGACGAGUGAAUGUUUUUCCGCUUCUGUCUAAACAUGGAAACUUCUCCAUCCUCAUCCAUGAUCUGCAGUCUUCAGACAUUGGCACCUACUUAUGUAAGCUCAAAAGUGAAUGCUGGAGGGUGAAAAUCAGUGAACGUCCGCACAGUGAGAUCAGAGAAAUCAAUGAGACAAACCCCUGGUUCUACUUUGCAGCUGGAGCUGGAUUGUUUAUUCUCCUUUUUAUUGCAUUCAGCCUGUUAUCAAAAUUCUAUGGAAAGUGUGUAAAUACAUCAUCAAAAUCUGAUCCCGUUGAUGGCGUACAGAGUGAAGGUAAUUCCCCCGAAGAAACACAGAAUACAGAAAGCAGUGGACAUAGAAACAAGAGGGGUGUGAGGAGGGCCCCUACAACUGUUUAUGAAAAUGACAUACAUGCUCCAAAUCAAAGUUCUGCUGUGCAGCAGGGCCAACAUCCUCAGAGAGCAUUCCGAGCUGUUCCUGAGCCAACUACAAGUCAUCCUUCAGAUCAAAAAUCAUAUUAUGUCAACCAGGCGGAGCUCUCCAUUCCAGCAAAUGCUGGCAAAAACCGGAAAAAACAAAAACAUUAUCAGUUUAAAAAUCCAAUAUACUGUGACUGAAGAGAUCAGGAGUCAACCACAGCAUCCAGUGCCACAGAAUCCAGAAUACACAUUUCAGACAGUUCAGGAUCUCAAUAAAUGCUGAUGUUUAACAUGGUUCAUGGAAAUCACAUUAAUUUCAUUAAAAUAAAAUCUGUUACGUGAAAUACACAAAUCACUGAAUGAAAAA